AUGCACGGCUUUGCCGGAGAAAGGGUAAUCUCUGAAGGAGUCAUCUCACUCCCAGUGACAGUGGGAGAAGGACAACACCAAGCCACCCUCAUGGUGGACUUCCUCGUUGUCAAUGUGUCAUCAGUACAUAAAGUCAUUCUGAGCAGACCUUCUCUCAAUGCAAUGAAGGACUCAUCUGUGGAAGACUUGGAGAAAGUACCGCUCGAUGAAGAAGACCCGAGUAAGACCAUUUGGCUCAGAACGUCGUUAAGUUCUGAGCAGCGGUCUGAAAUGCUAACUUUCCUGCGGCGACAUAAGGAUAUCUUUGCAUGGUCGCAUGGGGACAUGCCCGGGAUCUCCCCGGAUGUCAUGGUCCAUAGGCUGAAUGUGGACCUGGAUCACAAACCCGUGAAACAGAAGAGGAGACUGUUCGAUGCCAAGCGAUACGAAGCCAUAGUCGACGAAGUCUCCAUCUUGCAUGAUGCUGGCUUUAUAGAAGAGGUACACUAUCCUGACUGGAUCACAAACGUGGUCUUUGUCAAGAAAGCCAACAAAAAAUGA